UUCCAACUCCCUUCUCCACUUACACCUGUGUCGACCACCAGCGCACACACCUAACGGGCGACGGGCCGUUUCGAUAAUACGCAAGUCGCUGCAAGUAGCAGACCGUACGCAGGACAUAGCUAUGGCCUCGUAGAGAACCCCAGAUCCCACCCGAGUUCUCUGACAGAAUUACGCGAUCCCGCUCGCACGGCAGCAGCCAUGUCGCGCGCUUCCAAGCUCACUCUCGCCGGGACCUCGCUCUUCGCCGUGGGCAUGAUCGUCGUCGUGCAUUUCCAGCAGAAAUUUGAAAAGGAUGCGAUGCACCAGGGCGUCGUGCGCGACCUGGAGCAGCAGCGCAUCAAGAAGGAGCGCCAGCUCGACUUCGAGACGCAGAGGGCCCUCGAGGAGGAGUACAAGAAGGGCCAGACCGUCAGAGAGAGCACGGAAGACUUGCCGUCCAAGCAGCUGCCGAACCGGUAGCCCGCCUAGUCGUGUUGAUGUACCACCGGGCUAGAGGCGACGUGCCGCCUACGUGUGCCCCAUCAUGUCAAAACUCAUCUCCAUCCUCGCACUCGCUCUGCUCGUGAAUUCGGGAACGACGUGAUCUCGAGAAACCGUAGGCUUUCCGGCUCCCCGGCCGCAGUACGCCCGGGACGGGGCGAUGACUACCGAUCGCGCGCUUCGGGCCUAGCGGCCGAGAAGCUACACGAGCCAUUGUCUUGGGGAAGACUAAUGGGGGUAAACAGCGAGUUUCGGUACCUAGGAACAGGACACGCUUACAACCGGAUCGGGGGCAGCGGUAGGCUCCAUAUCUACAGAAGCUCGGGUAGCUCAAUGGGGAAGUGCCUCUACCCAGCACGUGUCGUUAGACCUCCUUGGUCGAGCACCCGGGGCUUUCUUGAUGCUCUAGCCAUAGGGGCCUGUCGAGGUGGUCCUCCAGACCCUCCCUAUCCUGACGCAGACGAGGGAUAGUCCUAGGGAGAUGCCAGUUCGAACCCGGCCCCGAGCAGCUUCUCACAACCC